CUGGACUACGCUGUACCACAAUCACGUCCGGGUCGUAAGGAUUGUUGACAUAUUUCUCUGUAACAUUCAUUGAACUCCUUACCCCCAAAAACGUUGUCACCGGCUCCUGCUAACCCGUGUCUGCGGUCAUCGUUCAUGGCUACAGCGGUGCUGGUUGCUGCUGUCGUCGGUGGAGGAGUUUACUUUCUUAUGCGCCGUUUGUUUCCUGCCCAGAAAACAAUGCAGUUGCUCCAGUACGCAAGUGACACUAUGCGAGGAAAGACGAUCAUUGUGACCGGGGCAAACAGCGGGAUAGGGAAAGCGCUGACCGGGGAGUUGGUGAAGCUCCAGGCGCGGGUCAUCAUGGCAUGUAGGGACCAAAAGAGCGCAGAAGAGGCGGUCAAGGAAAUUCAGGGUCUGGCGGGUCCAGAGCAGGGAGAGAUGGUGAUCAAACACCUGGACCUGGCUUCACUCACGUCCGUUAGAAGGUUUUGUGAUGAAAUUAAUAAGGAGGAGGCCAAGAUCGAUGUGCUGGUCAACAACGCAGGCAUCUACCAGUGUCCCUACAUGAAAACAGAGGAAGGUUUUGAAAUGCAGCUGGGUGUAAAUCACCUAGGUCACUUCCUCCUCACUCACCUCCUCCUAGAUCUCCUGAAGAGUUCAGCUCCCAGCCGCAUCGUUGUGGUCUCCUCCAAGCUGUACAAGUACGGCCACAUCAACUUUGAUGACCUGAACAGUGAAAAUAACUACGACAAGGCCUUCUGCUACAGUCAGAGCAAACUGGCCAACCUGCUGUUCACACUUGAGCUGUCACAUCGACUGGAAGGCACAGGGGUCACGGUCAAUGCACUCACUCCGGGCAUUGUCAAGACCAAACUGGGAAGGCACGUUCAAAUCCCUUUCCUGGCCAAACCGCUGUUCAACCUGGCGUCAAUGGUCUUUUUUAAGAGUCCUCUGGAAGGAGCUCAGACUCCACUUUAUCUGGCCUGCUCCCCGGAGGUGGAGGGGGUGUCUGGGAAGUGUUUUGCUAACUGCAAAGAAGAGGAGCUGAUGGCCAAGGCUACAGAUGAACAGGCUGCCAAGAAGCUGUGGGACAUGAGCAGCAGGAUGGUUGGACUCACUGACUGAGCACAGUCCUGUUCCGAGUGUGGAUUUUCAGAGGAUUUGUGUGUGUGUUCUUGGAAAAGAAAAAAGAUGAUUAAAUUCCAGCACCCACAGAGACUCUGAUGGCUUGUGAGGAGACCAUUUGCCACAUCUGCGAUAAAUUCAAUAAUGCACUGAAAUAAUGUGCCUGUUAACUGUGUCAAUUUAGUUUGACUGAGCAAAUGUGCUGGAAUAAGAGCGCAAAGCAAUAGGCUGGAUGUGUAAAAUUGAAACAUGUGCCUGUGAAACAAAUGGUCCUCUGUAAUAGCUCACGUUUUGUUUUUUAAUUUUAGCAACAAAAAAAAGUUAUAAUGAAGAGGAUUGUGAUAAAAACAUCAUGUAUUAAAAUGUCAUCAAUCCUGA